AUGGACGGCCAUGCCGUCGCAGAGCCCGCCGCCGGCGCCCCGAUUCCCGCUGAUCACGGCGCGCACGGGAUUGCCGGUGACGCCUCGGCCGCCGACCCCUCCGGAUCCGUCAUAAAGAGGAGAGCCCCGAUCGCCUGUCGCCGAUGUCGUCGCAUGAGAAGCAAGUGUGUCCAUGACCGCGCCCAGCCUCCUUGCAAGGCCUGUCUUGAAGCCGGACUCGGUGCCGAAGAUUGCAUCUUUCCCGUUCGAGGUCAGCCGGAUCACGAUCGCGAGUUCCGGCAUCCCCGCGUAAGAGCCGAGAAAACGGCCCGGCGGGACCCCGCCAAGGUGCGACGUGAGAUCCUUGAUGCUCCUGUGCGACCUCUAGGCAAGCCUGGCGAUGAGUGGGAGCGAUUACCUCCAUUGCCAGACAUCAUCGAUGGUGUCAAUCGCUUCACUCAGCACUACUUUCAGCUCGGCUUCAUCCCCAAGCAGCAGUUUCCUGAUCGUCUGCUCAAGGACUAUCGCUCAGUGAGCGUCUUUCUCGUCGUCAGCAUCCUCAGCAUCUCGGCUCGUCUGAGUCCUUCCCUCGCCGCCCGUUAUGGCUCGGGUAUGAAGGCGGCAGAGUUCUUCAUGGAGCGUGCCACCAACCUUGCCUAUGGUGAGCUCUACCAAGAGCCCACGUUGGAGAGAUGCCAGGCGUUUUACUUGCUAAGCAUUGCGCAACAGGGAAGUGGUCUAAGAAAUAAGAGUUAUAUUAAUAUGGGCGUUUCUAUGCGGAUGGCAUCUUUGAUGCGACUGCAUCGAGAGGAGACGUAUCGUAUUCAAAACCCCACUCCAGAGGUCAUCAUCAGGUCCGAAUCAGCGCGAAGAACUCUGUGGAUGUUACAUAGCCAGGAUCAAUUACACUCAGGCCCAUACUCACCAGUAUCCCUUGCUGCCUCGGACAUCACAGCCCUUCUGCCAUGCGACGAACACGACUUUGCUAUUGGGAGAGAGCCUCCUUCACGGGCCGCUGUUGAGGGAACACCUCCUGCAAUCGAGAACCCAGCUCUCAUUUUUGACCCUAACCGCUCUCUUUUUGCUUCACUGAUCCAGGCUCAUCACUUCUGGGGGAUCGUCAGCCGUCGAGCCGUCAAAUUUGCUCGAAGUUCUCGUCCUUGGGAGGCAAAUAGCGAGUUUGCCUGUGUUGUGAAGAAGCUACAUGAGUGGGAGAAUGCGCUGCCUCAGGACCAUCUUUGGAGCGCUCAUACGUUAAAGAAGUACAAGGCCAACGGGCAGGACCUGGCAUACCUUGGGGUGACAAUGGUGCCUCGUCUGUGCAAUAUCGUCCUUCGUCGACCAUAUCUAAUGGACAUGUUAACUGUCACUUCUAAGGACGAACAGCAACAGAAUUUCUUUGCCAAUAUUGCAUAUGAACUCUUUCUCAACGUUCGGCGCCUCUUUGAGCAGAUUGAUGCUCAGUUCACCGGCCGCUCCCCAGACGAGAGUGUAGGGGCGCAGAUGGCUGCCUUUUGCGUUUACAGCUGCGGUCUAUUCUCGACAUACCUCUGCCGAUACCCUCAUAUCUGCCCGGAUCUCAACAUCAGCCGUGAAGGUCCCAUGAUGCUUCAACGUACCCUCUCGAUCCUGAUGGAGUGCAAGGAAGUCUGGCCUCUUGCAUCUCGCUGGGUUGAGGCUCUCGAGCGGUUUGCUCGAGAUCCCACCGGUUCCCUCACGACGGAGAGUGGAAUGGCUGAUGGAAAAGAUCCUAUUCCCAACCCUGUCGCCAUUCCUAUCGCUGUCCCUUCCUCGGCCAACUCAGUCUCGUCUAGUACAUCACCUGCGUCUUCCAUGUAUGCUCGACCAGGGGCCCCUCUCGACACAACAUCUCUCCGAUCUCCAUCCUCGAAUGAAACAUUAACGCCCUUACCCACACCAACCACUCAUAUAAUACCCUCCCACUUUCCUCCACAUUCUCAACAGCAACCUCAACCGCACCAGCACCAGCAUCAACAACAGCACCAACAGCGGCAUCAACAGCAACAGCAGCAUCAACAACCUCAGCCAUCUCCGAUAGCCGACCCUCAAUCUUUCACACGACAACAGAUUCCCUCUCACAUAUAUAUGCACACAGACAACUCGACAGGCCUCGGCAUGCUCAUGGAACCGUUUGACUCCCAAGGCGCUCUCCAAGGAUACACAAUGGCCCCAAAUGGCAACCCUGCCCAAGCAGCUGCCAUCGCCGCAGCCGUAACACCAGCGCCAUUCUACCCUUCAGCAGACGGUUACGAAGGCGAGCUGCAAUUCUAUAUAAACGGACCCCAGGAUUGGAUGCCGACAGAUGGUGUGUUUGAUGGGUAUGGCUAA